UUCAUAAUUCUUCGAUCUUCAUGUAGCCUACAGUAAACUGUCCAGUAGAUGACGCCAUCCUCAAGCAUAGUGUAGGUCCAGCUCAGGCUAUACAGACCUCCAUUGUUCUCACUGUUUUUCUCACCCACGUUAUUGAUAAUCUUAGUCCAGGUAAGAGAUUAGUAGAUGGAAACAUUUUUGAAUACAUGGAUCCAAGAGCUUUGUCAAUGUAGUCCCUAAUUAGGUACUGUAUUGGUCUAAUACAGUGUACAGGGCCUAAAGGGUUUUCGUGGGCUCAUUCCUUAUGGUAUGAUCAAUUCGCACACACGAACAGGCUUUAUGAUUAUCAUAAUGAUAUUCAAUUGACUGUUCUGAUGUAGCCUGUUUACUUUUGCCGUAUGACCUCGUCCCUACUGCUCUGAAGAAAGUAUCCAUGCGCAAAUGCUGCGAAGCAGGGAAGUUCACAUGAGUAAAUCUGUAACCAAAUGUUGUACACAAAUGGUCGCAACGCAAGUGCCGAGUUUAUGUAGCCGCUGGAUGGCUAGCUAGCCUGCCAUUGAAGAGGAGAGAAGACAGCACUGCAGACAAGGUGCCACGGUGGAGGAGUUACUAGCAAUAUAAUGACAUUAUUAUCAAAGCUAGGUAGCUAAUUAUGCCUCCGGCAUUUUGAUUAGCACAGCUAGCACACAUUCUUUGUGUCCGUGUGGAUAACACAUUUUAAGCCAGGACCAGUCUAGCAAUAUGAACAUAGCAUGCAGCCUACCUCUUGCAACAAAUUAUUGAACCAGCUAAGCUCUAGAUAACUAGCUUGGUAACUACACGGCACUGGCUGUCAAGUGGUUGAUGGUGGAAUUAGCUAGCUAACGUUACCUAACGCGUUAGCUAGCUAGCCUAUUGCAAGCCUAGCAUUGCCCCCCGCCCGCAGCUGUCACCCGGAAGGCCGCUGGUCAGGGGUGGGCCCGGGGAUUGAACAACUUUCCUUGUCUAAAACGUCUGGAUGGACCGAGUAAAUAUAGCUAGUUGUCUAUAACUACCAUACGUGUGUGUAUAUAUAUAUAUAUAUAUAUAUAUAUAUCGCUGAGAAUGGAUUCCUCUUUGGCCUUCGGACGUGACGAGCAGUGUUUGGCAAUAUCCUUUUAAAAGUCUGUGCCAUUUUUUUGUUUUGCUUUUAAAACCUUGCUAGCAUAAUGGUAACUAGCUAACGUUAGCUUCCUUAAUAUUGUCUAAAUGUUUAGGUUUGCUUGCAUUUUAAUGUAAAUAAACAGUACCGUUUAUGUAGUUAAUACUGUCUUGCAGGUCAAACAUUUGGGUGUGUUACUCUGAAUAUUUCAGAUGUUUAUUGAUUUGAUAACCUAUUUAGCCUAGUUACUAAACUAGUUCGAUUGGAAUGCUAUGUUCAGAAUUGCAUGCCAUUGUUGGUGGAAUGGCAACAGCCUAACGUAACUAACGCUUGCUUUUUGCUUCUGUUUCCAAAACAAUGUAGCUAUCAAUGUAACCAAAUAACCCAUUGCUUGGCCCAUACAAUCUAUGGUCAUGAUGCCUUACUCUUUGAGGCUUGUGCAAAUGUACUAACUUUAGUUAAACAACAUUUUGUUUCUUGAAUAAUACCACAAGCAUUAGAUACAUUUGAAGAAUUUCACAACAGCCUUGAAUAGACAACAGUCUUAAGUAGUUAGUGGGUAAAAUAUUUGUUCACAAAAUCAUAGUCAAUAUUCUGUACACUAGGCCUAUUUAUAGUUUUAUGUUCAAGCAGGGACACAGACUAGUCUGCCCUAGUCUGUGUCCCUGCCCUCUCAUGAUUGCUGCUGGUUCCUUAAUAGUGAUGUUCAAACUGUAAGAGGACAGGAGCUAAGGCUGUCUGGUCAGAAGGAGCCCAGGCUAUUGUCGCUGAUUGAGUGCUCUGGGGAGUUUAUGUUAGGUGUUUUGGCUAACCCUGAUGCUGUUGUGUCCUCUCCCGUACCUCAGUUGUCCAUACCCAUCAACAGUCAUUUUCAGAUAGUGCGACAGGCCGAAGAAGCGCUGUUCAUUGACUUACCAUUAAAAACUUGCAUUAGGAUUCGUGUCAGAGGGGAGAAAGCCCCAGAGCUGGUGCUGGAGUUACAGGACGAUGAGCGCAGCCAGUCUUUCUUCUCCCAGGUGAAGAGAGCCAAGCAACAAGUGGAGUCCAAAAGCACACAAAUCAAAGUGAUGGAUCCCAUCGUACCGGCUCCCAUAAUGUCGUCUCCUCGCAAAGUUUUUGCCCCAGUCCCACCCAUCCCUCCACAAAGAGGGAUCCACAAAGCUGUCAACUCUCAUACCAAGCCCACCGGCGUACCGCCACCGCCACCGCCUCCCAACCUCAACAAUAGCUCUUCAGCUAACCAGACCUGCACAGCUAUGGAUACAACCUGCACAGCAGAUAGACAGGACACAGCUCUCUCCCUGGCCACGGACUUUGGCUUUGAGGACAACUUCAACCACUCCCUCAAAGUGGAGGAGAAGAAGAACCAGCAGAAUCGCAUUGUGCCCCCCCGGGAAGCCCCUCCAGUUCCCCCUCUACCUCCACGUAAAGGCUCGUACACUCCCUCCAAUCCUCUCCCCCCUGUUCCCAUCCCCACCACCAAAGACAGAGCCUCGUCCAUACAGGCUAAAGAUGCUGCCUUCGUUACGCCUGCCAAAACAGAUCUUAGGACUGCAGUGGACCGGCCCACCUCGUGGAACGACAGCCCCACCACCAACAGCAUGCGGAAUGCCAUGUUCUCCACGCAGGCCGGCCAGAGAGAGUACCUCAUUAAACACCGCCUGGGCAAGAAGGAGAAGGAGUAUGUGGACAUCAAGGACUUCAGAUUGUUUACCGGAACGUGGAAUGUGAACGGCCAGUCCCCAGACAGCAGUCUAGAGCCCUGGCUGUGUUGUAACCAAGAACCUCCUGACGUCUACGCUCUGGGUUUCCAGGAGCUCGACCUGAGCACAGAGGCCUUCUUCUAUCUGGACUCGUCGAAGGAGCAGCUGUGGGUGGAGGCUGUGGAGAGAAGUCUUCACCCCAAAGCCAAGUACAAAAGGGUGCGCACCAUCCGACUAGUGGGCAUGAUGCUGGUGGUGUAUGUCAACAAGGUGCACAAGAAUCACAUCAAAGAAGUGGCUGCAGAGCAAGUGGGAACUGGCAUCAUGGGAAAAAUGGGGAACAAGGGAGGCGUGGCGGUGCGCUUUGUGUUCCACAACACCAGCUUCUGCUUUGUCAACUCCCACCUGGCGGCCCACGUGGAGGACUUUGAGAGGAGGAACCAGGACUACAAAGACAUCUGUGCCCGCAUGAGCUUCCACCUGCUAGACCACCCUCCCCUCACCAUCGUCAAACACGAUGUAGUGAUCUGGGUAGGAGAUCUGAACUACCGGUUGUUUGUGUACGAUGCAGCCGAGGUCAAACAGCUCAUCUCCCACAACGAACUAAGGAAGCUGCAGGAGUAUGACCAGCUGAAUAUCCAGAGACAGACCAGGCGAGCCUUCACAGACUUCAUUGAGGGAGAGAUCAAUUUCAUGCCCACAUAUAAGUAUGAUGCCAAGACGGACCGUUGGGACUCUAGUGGUAAGUGUCGUGUCCCGGCGUGGUGCGACCGGAUCCUGUGGAGGGGUAGUGACGUUAAGCAGCUCCACUACAGGAGCCACAUGGAACUGAAGACCAGCGACCACAAGCCCGUCAGCUCCCUCUUCAGCGUAGGGGUGAAGGUGGUGAACGAGGCGCGCCACAAGAAGGUCUUUGAGGAGAUUGUGCGCAUGAUGGACAGGAUGGAGAACGAAUUCCUCCCGUCUCUGUCACUGACCCACAGAGAGUUCACCUUUAAGGACGUCAAGUUCCGCCAGCUUCAGCGGGAACGUUUUGUGAUCUCCAACGACGGGCAGGUCCCCUGUCACUUUGCCUUCAUUCCCAAGCUGAACGACUCGCAGUACUGCAAGAAUUGGCUCCGCGCCGAGCCCAGCGAAGGCUUCCUAGAGCCCAACGAAACUUUAGAGAUCUUCCUGGAUGUGUAUGUGAGCAAGGACUCGGUGACGCUGCUCAACUCAGGAGAGGACGCCAUCGAGGACAUUCUGGUGCUGCAUCUGGACCGAGGCAAGGACUACUUCAUCACCAUCUCAGGCAACUACCUGCCCAGCUGCUUCGGUACCUCACUGGAGACCCUGUGCCGCAUGAAGAAGCCCAUCCGGGAGAUCCCCAUCACCAAGCUCAUCGACCUGGGAGAGGACAGCUACAUGGAAAAGGAGAAGUCCAAGAUGAGCUUCCUUAUGGUGGACAGUGCUGGCACGGAGGACAAGCCUUUAAAAAUCCCCAAGGAGGUGUGGCUGCUGGUGAACCACCUCUUUACCAAGUCCUGCCAACAGGAGGACCUGUUCCAGACACCGGGCCUGCAGGAGGAGCUGCAGAGUAUCAUUGACUGCCUGGACACCAGCAUUCCUGACUCCAUCCCUGGUUGUAACCACUCGGUGGCCGAGGCCCUGUUGAUAUUUCUGGAAGCUCUGCCUGAGCCAGUAGUGUGUUACGAGCUCUACCAGCGUAGCCUGGACUGCUCCCACGACAGCCGCCUCUGCAAACAGUUGAUCUCCCAGCUGCCCCGGGCUCACCGCAACGUGUUCCGCUACCUGAUGGCCUUCCUCAAGGAGCUGCUGAAAUACGCCCACAACAACAACCUCACUGCCAACCUCAUAGCUACCCUCUUUGCCAGCUUGCUCAUUCGGCCCCCGCCCAAAAUGGUGGGCCGACAGACCCCGCAGGACCGACAGAGAGCCGUCAUCUUCAUCCUGGGCUUCCUCACGGGAGGGGACGACGAGUGAGGGGUUAAGAGUCAGGGGUCAGGGCUCAGACAUCCUCCAGGCUGGACCUUUUGGUAACUGUUAUAAGAGUGGAGUUUUGGUGCACACAAGGCGUGUGUGUGGGGGACCAUGGUGUGACACCCCUGACGCCCCCUGGUGUGUUGGAUCCUGUGGUGGGAGAACAAACAGUGUAGUUAUAUGGCACCCUCUCUUUUUAUCACAGGCUCUUAUCAAUGCCCCAGCCCCCAGCCUUUGUAGUUCUGUGCUUCAGUCCCUCACAACCAUCACUAUAGUUUUCACCUCUGCUCAUAGUGUAGCUGCAGGACCAGGAGUUUAGGUGUUGGUAGCUUGGAGUGACAGUGAACUGACUGAUGCCUCUCUGCACUUUUUGCUGUACCAGAAGACCUGUAUGCCCUGUCUAUGGACCCCCCCCCCCCCCC